CAAAUUGUUUCGGAGUGGCCGCAAGAGGGCGCCACGAUCAGCUCAUUACGCGCUGACCAAAAAAGGCAAAUUUCAUGAAUGAAACUGUUCCGCAUGCGCACAUACUCCGCAGCGGUACCUGGAGUCGUUGUCACUUCGACAGAGCUCAGUAGGACCUUUCGAAUGGUACCAAGAUCGAUGAAAUUCGUACAUUUCUUCGACUUCUUCACCCAUUUCUUUGAUAUCAACCUGAGGUGCACAAACUCGCGGAUUCUCGGUGGAAUUUGAAUUUUGGUAAGUCAUAUAUUUGUUGUCAUUUUAGUGUGAAACAGCGGCACCGUCUGAGGAUGAUUGGUAGGGUCUCAAAUAAUCAUAGAAACGUGUGUUGUUAGCGUGGGUUGAGUGUAUUGAGAGCGGCGUGUGAAUAUGCAUGAAAUUGCAUGGUCGCCGGAGACGACCGUUUGGGUGCCUGACGGGCGACCGUUGGUCGUUGCGUGGUGGUCGUACGCGUUGUGUGCGUGCGUGUGUGGAUAAGCAUUGCGCGCCGUGCAUGUGAAAGACACGUUGUUGUCGCGGGGCCGGGAAUUCGGUUGGGGAGUGUGCGACAUGUACUGUACAUGUACAUGUAUGAUGUGCAUGUACGCAAGUACUGUAUGGAGCAGGUGGUUGGUGUGCGUGCAGGGCCGGAUUUGGAGACUUGUUGGUACAUGUAGAAUUAGAUUGAAUAGUUGUUAUUGUACCAUGCUCAUUCAGAUGUAAUGUUCCAUUGAUUUUUUACCACUACAGUUGUCAUGUACACGUAGGCUACAACUGUUACACACAGCUGUCAUAGUUGAAGAUAAUUCAUUUUGCCUUUUUUACUAGGCCUUUUGACAUAGGCCUAGUUGAUUGUAAAUUUGAAAACACCACUCUUCCCCCCCCAAAAAAAGAAAAGUAUACGUAAUCAGGACAAUUACACAAGUUUUUAUUUAUCUUAGUAAGUUGAUGAUUUUGGGGAAAGCCUGUACACAUUUGUUCGUAUCGUGAUACAUCGGCCCCAGAAUUUAAUUAGGAUGUCGCAGAAGUCAAUGUCAGGAGUGCGAAAAUUUACAAACAUUUUCAUUUCAUAGACGACACUGUCUUGUCUCAGACCAGUCUCAUACAAGUAGAGUUUGUACAUAUACACAGGGUGUCAAGUGAGUGAAUUUCGUAAAUGGAAGUCUUUCUGAGAUUUGUGAUUUUUAGGAUUUUUUUUAGUUUUAUUUUUGAGGACUGAGGACUGUUAAUAAGGCUGUUAUUCUGUACCAUCUCUAUCACAAUUACCUGUCCUAGAAUUGAUUCAUGUACAUGUAGUUAGUUUUCUUUAUUGUCAUACAUGUACAUAAAUUUGCAGUGGCUCGUGAAAAAAAAGACAUCUAAAAUGAAAUACUGUAGUUGUUGCGUUGUUUCGAUCGUCUGGAAACAUGCUCAAAGUGUCAGUCUUUCGCCUGUUGGCACUCUUUGUGGCUUAUUGGUCGUUGUUGUAAAUGUUGAACAUUUAAUUGAAAACUUGCUGUAAAUUAGGCUCGGCGCAAUUCUAGAAAGUCCAUCUGAACCAAGUAAUGGGCCAAAUUUCUAAAAUCUGAACAUGUGAUCUGGCCUGUCGUUUUUGUUAAAACACAUAAUAACAUGCACGUAAACAUUUAGAAGUACAUUGUGCUUUGUGUAUUGUUUUAGAACACAUUUUGCCUCAUGUUUUACAGGUUGAAAAUGGAGGAGCACAUCAGUGCCUUAGGUAUGAUGUGCAGGAUCUGUGGGCAGGUCAUUACAUCAUCGAAAAACAGAUCCAGCUUGGCAAGGUACAGGACAGAACUCCUCGCCGUGUACAAGCUGAAUUUGGAUGAAGAGCAAGAGGGCAUCCAUCCGUCAAUUGUUUGCAACAAAUGCAGGAGACAAAUGCAACGUGCACAUAGCUCCAUGCAGCAAGGAAAGCAGUACCAAGGCACGCUUCCAAAGAAGCGGGACUUCUCAGCCCAUGAUGCUUCUUGCUGGGUGUGCAGUGCUCAUGCUGCAUACACAUCCCACAUCCACCCUCAGUUUGGAGAGCCCUCAACAAGUGGCAUAUCAGACCAGCCAUCAACCAGUUCACAAGAUUCAGCACUUCAAUCAAGCCAUGCAACAGCCAAAAGAUCCUUGUUCGGCAAAUCAGUUCCAGACCCAGGAUUGGCGUCGCAUGGAAAGAAGCACAUAUGGAGUGUGAAGGCCAGUUUGAGCCAGGUCAGACGGGAUCAUGCCCGUAGGCGUACGAAGGAGGCAUCUGAGUGGAUAACAGACUUCUGUGAGAAGCAGAAAGAAAGUAAGACUGAUGUCCUCUACUUUCUUCUGUGUGAGAAUCUGAAGGAAUGCAGUGACUCCAGGUAUAGAGAGGUGUUGGCAUCCUGGAGCAAAGAGACAAAUGACUUGUCUGCAGAAGAUUGCCUCGCGAUGCGAGUAACCACAAAAACCUCGAAGUCGCACUAUGAGGCCCAGUAUAAGAAAUUCAGAGCCAAGGGCAUCAGUAUCCUCAAGCCUCCACAUGCCCUGAAUGAGUUGGAAAAGACCUUCAUGCCAGGUAAUGUGCGGUUCAGGUUGGAGGGAGGAACAGAUGUGAUUCACCACACACCCGUUAAGGUUGGGAAGUCCCAUGCUCAUUAUGGGGAGGUUUCUUUUGAACCCCUGGACCUCAAUCAAGAGGACCAUCCAGGGUUAGAAACCCCUUUCCCAAACAUGAAAGGUGUGGCUUGGCCCUACCCCCACGCGCUUGCCAAGACAUUGGAGGAGCUGGAUGCUGAAAUUACAGCGGGUAUGGAGACAGCAGGGAUUGAUCCCGACGAUGACCUUUGCGUCUUGACAACAAUCAAGGAUGGUGCUGAUGGAAUGGGAGACAUCUCCAUAACAAAAAGUGUAAGGGAGCGCCUGCUACCAGACAAAGCAUUUCGUGCUGCAUUUGCAGUCAUCAAGUGCGAGGUAGUGAAGGACGGAGAAAGAGUCACUGUUUAUGAGCCUGAUGCCCCAGACUCAACCUUCAUUACUCGACCACUUAUUGAGGCAAUAGCAGAUGAAAAUAAUAGAGCGUCUGCCUCAGUCCUACUGGAUGGUAUGGAGCAGGAUCGAGUCAUGUUGCAAUCGAAGGAAAUGGCUGUCAAUGUUGGUGCAGUAUGGAGGAGACAUAAGCUGAAGAUCUUUAAUAGUAUGAUUGACGAAAAGCUGGACAGAGCCAAUGGGGGUCUGCAGGGUAGCGGUUCACGUUACAUUUGUACUCUUUGCCAUGCGACGACGAAGGACAGCGCAAAGACUGAUCUGGGCAGCUUUUGCAUAACACGCAGCUUCCAGGAGACAAAGACCACUGCCCAAUACAUGCAGGUAAACCCGGACAAUCUGUCUUCAGCAGAACUCGGAGAAAUAGCGAAGGGGGUGAAAUCUCACCCCAUUCUUCAGUCAGAACCACAGCAGAAACUUUUGGAUGCCACCCAUGCAGAUAUUAAUAUGGGAAACUUCUUUAAGAAGCUUAUAAUUUGUGAAAUUGCCAGGGUGCAAACAUGGGACAUCACCAAAGACGUGAAACCAAUGUUUGAAGCAGCAGAAAAAUUAUUCAAUGACCAUGUCACCCAAACCAUAGGUUUGGUCCCCAAACUUAUGAUGCCGGGGAACUUUGCACGAGACGUCUUCAAUUCGAAGAAUACUGAGCACUUCCUUGCACUAAUUGCAGAUGAGGGCCGAAAGAGGAACCUGGCGGAAGUCCUUGAUGCCUUUCGGAAUCUUCGCAAGAUCUAUCGUGCCCAUCACCCAGAUGCAGAUGAUGUGUGCACCUACAAGGAGCAGGCAGUGGCAAUGGGACUGCGUCUUCUGACUGACUUCCCCUACGCUGGUUGGCCCAAUUAUCUGCAUAAGAUAAUUGAGCACGUUCAGGAGGGUCUAGAAGAUCCAGAGGGCCCUCGCACAAUCGGCGGGAUCAGCGGGGAAGGCAACGAGGCGGCCAAUAAGCUAUUUAGGGAGCUACGUGGCCACUUUUCCAGACAGCAUGAUGAGACCCAGUCCCUCAGAGAUGUGCUGUGGUUUCAUUGGUUGUACACCAGCCCAAAGCUGAAACGAAUUGGCCAUGUCGAGACCAGAAAGUAUCAGUGUUCUCAAUGUAAAGAGCUGGGGCAUAAUUCAAGAAGUUGUCCGAAUUAAUGUGUGCUGACUGUGUCAUAUUAGAUAAGAGAUUUUUCCUUUUUCAACAAAUU